CUGAAACGUCAAUUGUCAUUUCGUUUCGAUGUCGAUAAUCGUAAAAUCACCCUAAAAAUUUGUGUUUGUGUUGUCGAAGAGGUUAUUCGAAUUUGUUAAUGAUUCUAAAGUAAAACUACAUAUCAAACGAUAUACCAUCGGAAUUAUGUUAACUACAAGUGCUUCUGAGGACUCUUACGUAUUUACAUUGAAGACUAUCAGUGAAAAUGUCUAAAAUCAAGCGGAAGAUAACAGUAAAUCUCAGCUCGAAAUCUAAAGGUGUCCCCACGAAAACCAGACCAUCGGUCUUCGAAAGACUCGGCACCAAGGCCACGACAGUACCCAAAGAAUACUGCCAUCACUGGGCGCAAAGCGGGUCUUGCCCGUACGGGAAGGGUUGCAAAUAUUCGAGUACACACACGUUGAUCAGCCCAUCAAAGCAGAGGGCGGCCAAAACCCAACGAAGACACGUUAAAGAUGGACACAAGCGCAUCCAGCACGAUGAAUGGGAUCAGUGGGACCCAAACGAACUCGAAGACGCUGACCCGGAUGAUCUAGAGCGAAAGAGACAGGAGUUGCAAAGGGAGCUCGAGUUGCAAAUGAAAAUGGAAAGUAAGGCUAAAAAGAAAGAUAAAAAAGUCAAAAAAGAAAGCAGCCCCAGUUCACAGACGUCUAGUACGUCUUCUGAGACUUCCAGUAGCAGCGACGAUACGAGUUCGAGUUCUAGUUCUGCCGAGGCACGCAGAAAGAAGAUGAAAAAGGUCAAAACUAAAAGAACUAGCUCGACAUCGUCAGAAGAAAGAGGUCGUUCGAAGCACAAAUCGAAAUCCAAACAACGUUCUUCCAAAUCGACUCCAAGAGACAAAUCGAAGAAACCGAAACCCAUCAAAAACAAAUCCCCUUCGCCGACACGUCCACGCAAAAAAUCCGAAACCCCUCCCAUCAAAAUCAAGCAAUCGUUCAUUGCGAAAAAACUGGGCUCCGAAAAAUCCUCGCCACGUCCUCAAAGUCGCACCAGCGUCAAAGAAAAACACAGAACGCCCUCGCCGAAAACGUCCAAAGACAAUCAACGCGAAAAGGAGCGUGAACGAGAACGCGAAAAGGAGAAAGAACGAGAAAAGGAGAAGGAACGAGAAAAGGAGCGGGAGAGGGAGCGAGAAAGGGAGCGCGAACGCGAAAAAGCCAAAGAGCGAGCUAAAGAACGAGAACGAGAAAAAGAGAAGGAGCACAAAAAGAAGGAGUUGAACAGAUCUCCGAAAAGGGACGCUAGAAUUAUUAAGGACGGCAGAAAAAGGGAUACGCCCGAUUCUUCGCAUUCCAAAGACAGGAAAUUGUCACCGGGACGAAGCAAAGGCAGCAAUAGCAGCAGAAGAGAUCAUAAAAGUCCUUUAAAAGAUGACAGAAGAGGUGAUAGAAGAGACGAUAGAGGAAGAUCGAGGGUGAAGGACGGCAGAUCAUCGGAUCGAGGCGGCGCCGGUAGAAAAGAACCUCCGAGCAAACGCGAUUCCCGCGACCGAGAUAGAGACAGAGAACGCGAUAGAGACCGAGAAAGACGGUUGGCCAGAGAACGCGAAGAAGCCAGAGAAAAGGAACGAGAAGAAGCACUGGCCAGAUGCCAAGAGAGACAACGAGAAAGGGAGCGACUCAAGAAGGAGGAGGAGCAAAAGAGGCGGGAUAGAAGCAGGAGGGAGGACAGGGGAUUGGAUAAACCGGCCGGAGAUCGAGUCGAACGCCUACUCCCACCGCUGGAAGAACGAGUACCACCAUCGCGUAAAGGUCACUCGUCCGAGAGAGACCGCGAUAGACGUGACGGGCGUGGUCGGGAUCGUGGCGUCACCCCCGACCGGUCCCUAUCCCGCAAAUCACCCGACCGUCGGGGCGGAGACCUCGACAAAGACAGAACUUACGAUCGCGGCUACGAUAGAGGGCGCUCGGAGCACGAUAGAGAUUACGGAACGGGACACAGAGACAAAGAUUUCGACAGUCCGUACGAACGAGGACGCGACCAUCAGGAUAGGCGGUACUUAGACGUCGAAGAGCAUUACGGGGAUGAAAGAAUGUACGGCGGUGACGAUCGACGCAGUAGGAGGGAUUUGUGGGACGAUCGGACGGACGAAAUCGAUCACAGAGGGAGGUACGGCGGGCGCGAACAGAAUUGGGGCGAUCAUCCGCACGGGGAUUACGCGGAACACGAAUGGGGCGAUAGAGGCGGUAAUAGACGAUCCGAUUGGGGUGAUACUAGGGAUAAUUGGGACGUAGAUCAACACAAGCAAGCCGCCGUGGGGUCCGUAGACGAGGAAUGGAGGCAUUAUAAUAGAUCGAUGGAUGCGUGGAAUAACGAAGAUAGAAGAAGAUGGCCUCAGGAGUGGAGAGAAAGGUCUAGGCCUAGGAGUAGUGCGUCGCAUCACGUCGAUAUUCAGAGCGUUCCCCCAUCGGACGAUUCCAAUUUGGAUUCCAAUCGCAAGAAGGAAGUCAUUCCUGUAGUCGUCCAACAACCACCGGUCGAGGAAGUAGUGGAAAUGAAAGUGGAACCGGUCGAAGAGGAAGAUCCGAACAGAUCGACCCCGCUGUCUCAAAAACGUCUCUCCGACGAACCAGUGGAUAGUCCGGCCAGCUCUAAGAAGCUGUGCGUCGUCAAACAGGAAGUCCAAUUACCACUGGAGGACGAUCUGAGUGAGAUCAGUGACGAUGCCGACGAUAUAUUGAAUAGAGAAGAAAUUCAAGAAGCGCCGAUUGACGAACAGCCGGUAUUAUCGGAAGCGCAGGAAACUAUCGAAACGACUGAACAAAAACCGUCCCCGGGGUCGCAAAAGAGCCAAACGCCUCCCCCCGUACAGCCACCCGUUGCCAAGUCUCCCGUUAACAAUAAACCCGCUUCUAUCGACGAAGACAAUAUGGAAUUGGAUUUCGAAGAGAUAUCCGAAGACGAGUUGGAGGAGGAAUCGAAGAUGCGCGGAUUGGUCGACGCUUUGGGGGUCGAUUGGGCCAGUCUGGUCGCGGAAUCGCGGCCUAGAUCGACGCCUUCGAGCUGUGCCAAGAUCCGUUGGGAGCCGCACAACGUGUUGGUCAAUUUGGGCGUGUCUGUACAGCUGGCAGGGGAAGAAUUGGUGAAGCAGGUGUAUAGAGAGCACGCCGAAAUGGAAUCGCAGCAGUUGAAAGCGCAAGAAAACGUUAAGAGCCAAAAUAAGGCGUAUGCGGAGGUGAAGGUAAAAACGGAGCCUGAAGAACCGAUUUUGAAUGGGGGCGAAGUGCAAAUUAAGAUAGAACAAGUCGAUGAAAUUAAACGGGAGAUUUUGGAACCCGAAGAGAUUAAUGUCACUCAUCCUUUGGCCGCCAUUCAAGUGGCCGACAGGGAAAGACUGGCGAUAAGGAAGAGUCUGUUCACCAGCGUGGGGCCCCAUAGGCGAGCCUUGUCCGCUAGGCGAGACCUAACGUUAAGGAGACACCUCUGCAACUUACCCAUAACCGACAGGCACGUCGAAGCUCCGAAAAGGCACGAUCCGGAAUUGUUUCAACUCGCCACGCAAUUGUUUGAACGCAGUUUGUGAUUUGUAAUGUUUGGAUAUUUUCAUAAUUAUUACUGUUAGAUAAAUAUUAAGAGAUAAUACUGGUUUUAUUAUUCGUUUCAUU